AUGAAAAAUGAGGAAAAAAUAUCUGCUUUUUGUAUGCUUGAACAAGCUAUUCAUAUUAUUUGUUUACAUGCAUUGGAAGAACUAGAUUUACAUAGCAAUCGAAUUCGAGUAAUUGAAAAGAAUGCAUUUGAAUCAUUAAAUAAUUUACAAAAAUUAAAUUUAAGUUAUAAUUUUCUAGAAACAAUACCAAAUUGUAUUGGAGAUAUUCCACAGUUAAAAUAUUUGGAUUUAGCUAAUAAUCGAAUAAAACUAAAUGGAAAAAAUUGUUUUGCAAAUUUACAUCAAUUAAUUUACAUAGAUUUAUCGAAUAAUCAAAUUAAGGAGAUACGAAAUGAAAUAUUGGAUUCGUUAAAUAAUCUCAAAGUUCUCUUACUCAAUGAAAAUUCUAUUCAAUCGAUAGACGGAGACAGUUUUGUAAAUUUAAAUCAGUUGACACACUUGGAUUUAUCAGUAAACAAGUUAACGGGAGUAGAAAAUAAAAUUUUUGAUUCGUUAACAAAUUUAAAAUUUCUUUCAUUACAUGAUAAUUUAAUAAGCACUUUCGAUGAAGAAUGCUUUAAUAAUUUGAAACAAUUAUUAUUCUUAGAUUUAUCAGUAAACAAGAUAAUUGAAGUACCAAAUUAUGUCUUUGAUUCAUUAAUUUCGUUAAAUUUAACACACUUAGAUUUAUCAGUAAACAAGUUAACGGAAUUACUUGAUAGAGUUUUUAAUUCGUUAACAAAUUUAAAAGUACUUUUGCUCAAUAAUAAUUUAAUAGACAUAUUUGACGAUGAUUGUUUUAUCAAAUUACAGCAAUUAUCAUUUUUAGAUUUAUCAACAAAUAAGAUAAUUGAAAUUCCAGAAAAAGUAUUUGAUACGUUAAACGAAUUAAAAAUUUAUCAGUAA